CGGGUUAUUUCUACUUCGAACAUCAAGAACCAAAAUAGACUCGUCUCUUGUCCGCAUGAAUGAUUAACAUUUUCAGUCUUUAUACAUUUUAUUUUGCAUCAGUUGUGUAGAAAUGGCGGGCUUACCUCCGGGAGACCCACAGUUGGUCUCGAUGAUAGUAAACCAUUUAAAAACACAAGGAUUGUUUGACCAGUUUCGAAGGGAGUGUUUGGCAGACGUGGAUACAAAGCCCGCUUACUUAAACCUGAAGCAAAGAGUGGACAACUUCGUCUCAAAUCACCUUUCCAAUCACACAUGGAGUCCACAUUUGAACAAGAACCAGUUGAGGAACAACAUCCGUCAGUUGGUAUUGCAAUCUGGGAUGCUGGAGCAGGGAGUGGACAGAAUAGUGGCUCAAGUGGUCGAUCCCAAAAUCAAUCACAUCUUUAGGCCCCAGGUCGAGCGGGUGGUCCGUGAGUUUCUGUCACCUGGAAGUUGUGUUGAUGAACCUACUGCCCUGCCUACUGCCAUAGAACCUAAACCAGAUUCCAUUGAGCAAGCUGCAGCACCUUCAUCUCCAUUGGACACUACUACGAGUGGAGCAAUGUCGAUCUUAGACACCAUCACAACUUUGAGCCAGGAGGCAACUGAGAGGGCCACCGCUGAGAAAGGACCCAAACCUGAACCAUCAGAGGAACCCAUGGAGCUAGACGAAUGUGAGAAGGACACAAGUCAUACAGAGGAAGAAGAGGCUACCCAGGUCAAGGCUCCUGAAGACAUGGACGAAGAGAAGCUGGCGAGUAAGGUGCAAGAAUUAGAGGUGAAGAGUGAGAAUAAUACGCAACCAGAACUUGAAAAAGAAGAAGUCAAAGAAGAGGUUAAGAUGGAGGAGAAAGUGUCAGAUGUUCAUGAUGAAACAGUGGAGGAGAAGGACAAAUCUUCAACUAAAACGACUGCAAAGACAGGAGAGAAACAAGAUGAAGAGCUAAAAUCCUCAAGUCAAGCCAAACAGAAAGCCAAAGAGAGGAUUAAGGAGGAGUACUCCUUAGAGGACUCGGAUCUGGAGGGACUGAGUGACAUCACAGUAAGCUCUGUUCAUACCAGUGACCUGUCAUCUUUUGAGGAGGAAAGUGAUGACGCGCAGACACCCUCUGACUCCUCUGAGGAGGGUGAGCUUCCAGAUGAUGACAAAGAAAAAACUAAAGAAACAAGUGACGAUGGAGAGGAAAAACAAAAGCCUCGGCGAAAGGCCUAUGUGCACAAGCCCUUUCUGUACUCUCGUUACUAUAGUGACUCUGAUGAUGAAGUGACUGUGGAGGAGCGUCGGAGAUCAGUGGCUAAGGAUAAAGAGGAGAGAUUACUGAAAAGGCAGCAAAACAGAGAACGAAUGGAGGAGAAGCGUAAGCAGAAGGCCGCACAGACUGAAGAACAAAAUAAGAAAAACCAGAAGAGUGCAGACACUGCUGCAACUGAGCGUCCAAGAGCCAAGGAGGCACGGAAAGAACGAAAGGUUCUGGAAAAAAAAAUGGCUUUAAAUAGGAAAAGGAAGUUAGAUUCAAGGAAAGAGGAUGACGUAACAAGCAAGAAGAAAGAAACUGGAGAAGGCACCAAGAAAGUAGAAUUGAAGCCCACCUCUUCCAAAACCCCACAGCAAAAGCCCAUGAGGCAUAUGUCAGAAUCGGCAUCACCUGAUGAGAGGAGCCGGAGGACAAGUGGCAGCGUUUCUGAGGAAUCUGAACCCAAAAAGAUCAGUGACAAAAACCGCACACACUCCUUCAUUUUGGAACUGGAGCAGGGUUCUCAAGAGGCCCUCAAGUAUCGCUCCAUCAGUAAAUUUGACCGUCCGUCCCGCAAAGAGCUCAUUUUGAAAGAACGCAAGGAAAAAGAACGGCAUUUAUUGAACCAGCGGGCUAAGCUCAAGCAGAAGCAAGCCGAAGCUGAAAAUGCCCAAAAGGAAAGUGCCUUAGUGAAAGAAGAUAAGAAGAUAAAAAGCAAAACUGAAAAGAAAACUGAAAAGGAGAUGGGAGAUGUGAGUUCUAAAGAAGUGAAGAAGGUCAAAGCGCAGUCAGUGGAGCAGAAAGCAGAGAAAUUACGAGACAAGGAGAAAGAUAAGGAUUCAUUCAAGGACAAAGGUAAAGGAGAGAAAACUAAAACAGAUUCAAAACAAUUGGUUCGCCCAGAAUCUGGUGGCUCCUCUGAGGACAAAUCUGACUUGGAGCCGGGUUCAGAUGCUACUAAAAAGAAGGACAAACACCCGAAAGAGCUUCUUAAAAGAUCUAAGAGUCACACUGAUGAUAAACUCAAGUCCAAAACUGAUAGUAAAGAUACUGAAAGGGAAAAGAUUAAAGCAAAUGAUCCACAGAAAUCUAACAAAUCUGGUUAUGAAGGUGAGAAGGAUCUCAAAAAGGCCAAGAUUACAGAGAAGGAGAAAACUAAGCUAAAAUCAAAAGAAGAUUCAAAAAGUCUUGCGCUAUCCAAAAGCGAUAAGAAAGGUCAUAGUAGUUCAGGAGGUUCACUCAGUAUCAAAGUGGAUGCAACAAAAGAGAAGAAAAAAGUGGAAGGUAAAAAGGAGCAGCGAAAAGAUGAAACAGCAAAGCUUGAAAAUAAAAUUUCUAAAAAGAAAACUGACAAAAAGGAUCUUGAAGGUAAAGAUGACACCCGGAAGGACAAACCAUCCAAACUCGAAAAGACAAAACCUCAAAAGACUGCUAUAUCCACUGAGGAGCAGCAGAAGAAAACAUCUCUUCUCUUGGACACCAGCACUCAAGACUCAGAGCCUCCUGUUACCAUGGUUACCGCAUCUGCAUCAGACGACACAUGCGAUGCUCUGAGCGACAUCACCCCAGAACCCUCUGAGGGCGAAACUGACCCACCCAAAAUGACCGCCGUGCCCACUGAAGCCGAUGCCCUGCUCGCCCUCGUCAACGUGUGCACCUCAGCCGAUGCCCGCCUACCUGAGCCCGGCGAACAGACGGAGGGCGUGGAGGAUAGGGCGCAACAGGAGGCUGAUAUGAAGAUGAAAGAGGCGGCGCUUACACUGCUGUCAAUGGAUCCAGAUAGUACAGUGUCGUCUGGUUUGAUCGGGCAAGAGGGGGAUGUAGCAGAGGAACCAAUAGAGGCAAGUGCAGCUGAUGUGGCGGACCAGGCAGGUGUGCUUUCUGUUGUAUCCCCUGCUCAGAUAUCACAAGAUGAAGUCAAAGACAGUGAAGUUAUAACAGAUGUAUCUAAAAACACAACAGCAGAAGCACCACAAGAAGAGGUGGCACCUAAGGAUGAGGGUACAAAAGUCGAUGAGACUCCUACACAGAAGAAAGAGGAUACAAAUGAAGCAAAACCACAACUGCUGGAGAGUGAUAUACAAGAAGAGGCUAAACAAGAAGAAGCAAAUGUUGAAGAUGUUGAAGAAAAAGCAGCAGGAGAGGGUGAGAGUGAGACUUUGCCAUUUGGACAAGAGCAAAGUGAUAUUGGCACGGAAAAGAAAUCCACACAAGAUGAAGAGGGGACUGCAGAAGAGCACGUAACUAAGAUGGCCAUAGAUACAAGCGAAGUUGAAACUAAGGCUAAUGAGGAGAUAAGCAUCGCAGUAGAGCAAAGUGAGCCACAGACGGAGAAGCCAGACAGUGUUCAUCAGAUGCCUGAAAGUUCAUUGGAGUAUCAGUCCAAAUUACUCAAACAAUCUAGUAUUAUGUCCAGUACAGACAGUCAAGAAGAAAUGGAUUCAGAAAAGGAGGAGAAAGCCUUGGGCAGGGGAAGGCGCAAGCGAAAGUUGUCAACCCGUAACGUUUCUGAAUCUGGUGAUGGAAAGGAAGGUCAAGAGGAGGAAAAUGUGGAAGUCAAAACCGCACGAAGAGGACGGUCAACAAAGACAGAAGAGGGAGAGAACAACCAAAGUGAAAAGAUGGAGACAUCUGCGAGGAGAGGAAGACGCUCAGCUGCAGCAAAACAGACCAUAGAUGAAGCUGGAGACAAGGACAUUGCGGAAGAAUCUACCUCUGAUAAAACAGAGGAGAAGGAAGAACAGACUGAAGAAGAAAUUGCAAAGUUGAGUCAGGCUGAUGCAGUUGAUUCAGUCAGCUCUCCUACAGAACAUAGCAAACCUGAAUCCUCCAAAGAAGCCACUGGUACUGACUCUAGUACCGACUCUGGGAAACCUUCACUAAAGAGGAAGCGCUCAGAAGAAACUAUGGAGGAACCUGCUCCUGAUAUUAAAAAUGAUGUAGAGCAAGACACUACACCAGAACCAGGUGAAGAACAGCCUGUCAAAGACACUGUUUGUUCCCCAUCAGAGACCAAGACGGAGAAUCAAGCCGAAACCAAACAAGAGGAUAGUGAAAAACAGGAGGACACUGAAGAUGAGCAACAAGAGGAACAAGAUGCAACCCUCAAGAAAUCUGCACGGGGCAGGGGCAGACCUCCUAAAGCAACACCUUCUACUGAGGAUUCUGACACAAAGGCAGAGGAUCCAGAUAAGAGUAAAAAGGAAGAGGACAUUGAAGAAGAGGGGGAUCUGGAUGAAGAGGAUGAAGAUGAUGAGAAAGAGGAGGGAAAAGAGACUGCGACACGAGCUACCACACGGCUAGCAUCUCGUCUGGAGGCCGAGAGAAACAAGCCAAGUAAACCCUCCACCCGGGCAAGUCGACAGAGCGGCAAAGAGGAGACCACCGCUGGCACACGCGGUGGAGCGAGGGGCCGCAAACAGGAGAGCAGCCCCCCCGUGGUGCGCACGCGGGGAGCUCAGAAAUCAGAGGAGCCCCCUUCUAAGCGAGCUAAACGCUAACAUGUCUGACACUGAAAAACUGCUGCCUUCAACACUCUGUUUCACCACUGCAUAUUCAAGGAAGAAGCAGGUUUAUUCCACCAAAAAGCUGUCAACAAAAAGGUAACUUGUUGAUACUUGGGGGAAAAAAUGUAUAAGUCAAUUUGAUUCCUUCUAAACCUGUAGAUUUGUGCAGAAUACCUUUGACUUUACAGCCAUAUGGUUUGAAUCAGUCCUCCUGUACGUUCACAGUAAUACUCUGUAAUAGAGUCUCGGGUCAAUGGUAAGUAGUGGAGUAGUGUUGUUCUUGGAGAUAGUGAACCGAGUAGAAUUGUAAAUUAUACCAGGUUCACUUUUAUAUGUCAUGUUGUUUCAAGUCAUUUGUUUUAUCUCUGCCUUGUACCAAGUGGCCACGCAGAGACAUUUCUAAGUAUAUUAUUCAUUCUGUGAAUGACUUUGUUUUUAUACAUGAUAGGUCUGUCCAUUAGCAACAAUACUG